CCAGAGAUAAGUCCCAACUGAAUUUUUUAAAACACUAGUUAAUAAUAGUGGCUCUGUUCACUAUGGUCGAAAUGAUACUAAGGCCUUUUUUUCUUUCCAAAUGACUAGUAACGUUGUUAUAGGGAACAAAAUAGAAAAAAGACUUGCUACAGUGGAUCUUCUCCCCCUCAUUUGUUUUUCUCAUUGCCUACCCUAGUGUUGUACUUAUUCAUUCAUUGGACAAGUGGGAAAUGAAAUAGUACAAGAGUUGGGUGUUCCGCAGAAUUGAAAUUGAAAUUGAAAUGUGGAUAUAUCUAGUCCUGCUCUGAAUCAUCCAUUCAAAAAUCAAUGUUGAUAAUGAAUGAAAAGCCAAAGUAUGAAUGGAUCUGAUUGUAGGAAUGGAGCAAUAGUUGUAUCUGCUGCUGAAUUGUCACAAUAUUUGAGCAGCCACAAGUACAAAGAUGGAGAAAACCUUAAUACCAAACUAGCGAUGUUUUCAAGAGGAUAUUAUUCUGGGCUCCAUGUGUUUUGUUUCGGCUUAAGUGAAUAGCUCACUAAUUACUUUCAUUUUCCAUCAAUACUAAUUACUACUUUUUUCACUCAAUGCAUAUGCAGCCAGAUACCUGGUUCUCAUAACUACUCCUAUUGUUGGAGUUAUUUGUUACUGCCAUGGUUCACAUAUGUCUAUUUCUAGGUUUUGUCAGCAUUCUGGUUUAUCUCAUGUUAAUCCUGGCAAUGCUGUUCUAAGGGACACUGGUGUCACCAUAGCUCAUUGGCUGAAGCUCUUCUUCCAAAAACUAGGGGUAAGGAAUAUGUGAGAUUAAGGCUCUUGAAGAUCAUGGUGGAUGGGACUGGCCUGAAGUAUUUCCAGUGAGUACUACUUCGGCAGAUUCCCUUCCGAAUUUAUCUCCAAAUGUUGAGCUGUCCGGCACAUUUGGAGCUUCAAAUGGAUCUAGACAGUCAUGGAGCAAUAUGUCUAUUUCAAAGAACCCUCAGCAUCCGCCAUUGUCAAACUUAAAUGGGAUUCAAGACCUGGGAAUGGAUCUUCAUUUGUUUCAGAUUAUAUUGGUUCAAAUUCUAAGGACACAAAUACUUUCAAUUCUCUUCCAGAUCUCAAAAUUUCAAAAUCGCUUGGUAUCAACAGUUCACUGUUGCAAAUGGAUGGAAGUAGUGUCUCCUCAAGUGUUGAGUUGAGACUUGGGCAUCCAUCCCAGCAAAGCAAAAAGUUGGGAACUUUAGCUCCACAAACUUUUGAGUAUCAUUCCAUUGUCAAACCAAUAGAAUAUUAACAACCAUUGUUUCCAGAGCCCCUUAUGCAUAAAGCAGUUGAAUCACAGGCAGUGGAAGAAAGCAAGUCAAAUUUUCAUAUGUUGAAUUUGAGUUCAAGAAGUGGAAAGUGCCAGCCAGACCUUGUCAACUCUGCCUAUGAACUCCACAGUGCAACAAGUGAAUCCAGAACUAGAAAUUCUAUAUUUCCUGUGGUACAAGCACAGGUCAAGGGUCCUUCAGAAGGACUACUGUACUCUGAAGAUAUCAAAAAUAUGGUUUAUGGAAGUCAUACUCCAUCCGGAGAACCUCAGUGUAAAUCCCGUACUCUAAAGUGCAACCAAAUUGAUUUUCAUUGUGCUAGUGGUAUGAUGACUAAUAAGGAAUUUAAUGUUGACGCUUCAUGUGCUCUUGGACGUCGGAACAGUGAUAAAGUUGUGGCCAACAAUAUUGUUAAUUUACACAGUGAUGCUGAGUUGAACUUUGGACUCUACUCCAAGAAUUACGAAAAUAGAAGGACUGUUAAGAGAAUUGUGGAAGGGAUUAGUCAUACCAAUCACUUGGCCUUACAUGAGAACAACCUACAUUCAUGCAAGCCCUGUGGUAUAAUGAUGGAUAUGCCUGAUGCUCAGAACACCCUUAAUUUGUACGGAAAGACAUCUUUAUUUUCUCAUGAUGGACCCUUUGAUAAUGGUAAUAUCAGGUCUGUCUGUAAACCAAUGUCUAAAGCAGCUCCACCAUCGCAGGCAGUCCCAUUGGGGUUUCCGUCAUCAAGUUCAACUCUAAUUAAUCAAACUCUACAACUAUCUAAAAAAGAGUGUCUGAAUGGAAGGCAGGUUAAACUCAGUGAGAAUCCAAGACCGCAAACCUUGCAUCAUAGGUUGAAGGUUUCUUCUCCUGCACCUGUCAGUUCCUCUACAACAGCCUCCAAAGGGCAUAUAUGCAGGAAUCCUUUUUACAAAACACCAACAUCUAUAAACCAGUUAUAUGAACCCAGUGUUGUGAAUAUGCUACAUGCGUCUAAGACUGCAGCAGUAUCUGCCUUCUCUGGUGUUAGUGAUUAUGUGGGAAAGCAUAUUCAAACUAUAGCUCCUAUUACUGCUUUAUCACGUGGAGCAUCUCUGCAUGCUCAAGACUCAGGAGUGGACUGUCAGUUUUCCUCUGAUUUUCUUGCAGUUCACUGGCCUUAUCUAAGACAUGGAGGCUCUGAAGGUAAUAUUUCUCCAUCAGUUGAGCAAGCAAAUUACUUUUCGGAAGCAUCAAAUUCAUUUAUGUCUUGUCUCUUUAACUGUGCUGUUCAGCCGGAUGUUUUUGUUGAAAAACAUCCUUUCAUUGGUGAACCUCUGGAUACUACUCAGGUAGAACAAAAUGACGCUUCUGGCUGCAUUAACAACUUAUUUGCUUGUUAGUUGAAUGACGGUCAGAAAGUGUCUUUGGACAAUGUGGCUUCUUUGCAGGAAGUGAUUUAAUGUGGAAUAGGAUAAAUAAACUGGAGUGUCACUAUUCUCAAUGGAGAGAUGUUAAAAAGGUGACUGGAGCAGUUAGUCUGACAUUUAAGGAACAAAUAACAGGUUUCCUCAACAUGGAUAAAAUGAGGGGACAAAGUGUUGAUGCCGGUAUAAACAAACCCAGUUGUGAUGUAGCUUUUCAAAAUGUUGCUGAUGCUUGUGAUGUAGCUUUUCAAAAUGUUGCUGAUGCCGGUGGAAACAAACCGAGUUGUGAUGUAGCUUUUCAAAAUAUUGAAUAUCUAAAGGAACCAGAAAUAUCCAAUGUUUCUUCUGGAGGAUCUGCACCUGUUGUUAGUGAGGCAUCUGCGGUGAUUCAUGACAAUGAGUUCACUACUGAUGAUCAAAAGACUGGCAAGUAAUGUUGUUGAUGAAGGAUCAAGAAUCAACAGAUGCUGGUCAUCUAGUGAUGCACAAGGCAGUGAACAAAGUGCUGAGUUUCUUGGUGUUGCUUGUGAAUUCAACCCCAUGGAUGCAGGACCAUCCAAAGGGUUUGCUGAUAAUUCUUCUGAUAGUCUGAUUGAUGAACUUCGACUAAAAGAUCCCUUAACAUUGAACAAAAUGCAGAACCAUUCUAGCUUCAGCAUUCAAGAAAAGAGCCACUAUAUUCAGAAAGUGUCUGAUUUCUCCAAAAAGGUGAUUAGAAAAAGAACCAAAUGGAGAAAGUUGGAUACAACUCUUCCUACCGUCUACUCUGCUUGUGGCUAUCCAGAGGACACUUGUGGUUCUGGUCUGCAACAUCCAUGCAAUGAUGGAAAAGGUGCCCCCCUAUCUGAAAAUGACAGUGCAGAAAAAUGUGUGUAUUCCAUAUAGAACCAAGUUUCAGAGAAAGGAGAUUCAGAAUGCGUUCAUUGAAUACUCUUUCUUGCACUGGUAAAGUUAAUUGCCAUGAUGCAAAAGCUGUUGGUACUCAGUCAGAUCUUUUAAAGGUCAGUGAUGAUGAUACCUUUGUAUCUUGUGAAUUACCUAGAAGAAAGAGACUGAAACUGGACACUGCAACACCUGUUAGGCAGGCAGAUGAGGGAUAUUAUCUAGGUGUUGAUGCUGCGGCUAAGUGCAGUUUUAUAGAUACCUCUAUGUUUCCUGAGAUGCAUGAGAAGGCUUAUAGAAGGGCUGUAAGACCUAUAGUGGGGCAGAAAUAUGGAGUAAUUUCUAAUGCGAAUCCAUCAAAACCAGUCAAAUUUGUUUCUCUAAGAAAAAUUUGUGACUUAUUGGAAAAGUAUAGCUCUUCUGGAAACUCAACUGCUAAAUUGACUUCUGUAAAAUUCAGGAAGGCAAGUGCAAAAGAAAAACAUCGACGCAUUAACAGGUCUCCAUAUCUCAAGAAAGUCAAAAGUUGUAAUGCCAAUUGUGUUGUAACUACCAAAAAAUCUAAAAGUCGUCUCUUGACAUCUAGUGAAUUGGAUCCUUGCCAAUCAUUAGAGCAAUCCAAAAGAGCACGUUGCCAUGGAGGUGAACAAGGGGCUCACUUAUUCUACUCUCUAGAGAAGAGAAGGUAUGAUUACCUUAUAGAAACUGGUAAUAUUGCAGAUGAUUCUCUGCCAACUCCACUGAAGCCAUUGUCCUAGGAGUUUCACAAACAGGGCCUUAAUGAGUUGACACUUGAAAUAACCUGGUUCUCAAAUCGCUCUAGGGACAUUUCUAACAAUAAUAUGGUUGCUACUGUAGGUAUUCAUCCAGGAGAAGGAGGUUCUACCUGUGCCCGAACAGAGUUUUGUUGUUUCGUAAUAACAGUUUAGAUAUGCUUGACUCCUGGAUAAAGAUUUUCUAAGAUUGUUCUACCUUCAGAGAUACAAGGGCCACAAAAAGGAAGGACUGCGGUAUAAUCUUCAUCAGUAUUCUGAGUCUUGCGGUGGAGGCCUUGUUGCCAGGAGCAAUUAAAUGCCUGGAUUCACAUAACUGGACAAAAGCCAUCAAGAAAGGAGAUGCUGAGGCUUCCACCUAAAGAUGUUGGAUAUGAUUAUCGGAAGGAAUAUGUUCACUAUAAGCACUCCAAAGGGUGGAAGAGUUUGGUUGUGUAUAAAUCUGGCAUUCAUGCUCUUGGUCUUUACACGUCUAGGUUUAUUUUACAAAGCGAAAUGGUUGUUGAAUAUGUGGGUGAGAUAGUGGGGCUUCGGGUCGCUGACAAAAGAGAAAAUGAGUACCUGUCAGGAAAGAAAUUGCAGUACAAGAGUGCUUGUUAUUUCUUUAGGAUUGAUCAAGAGCAUAUAAUCGAUGCAACCCAAAAGGGAGGGAUUGCUCGAUUUGUGAACCAUUCAUGCCUGCCAAACUGUGUUGCCAGAAUCAUUUCUGUGAGGAAUGAGAAGAAGGUAGUAUUUUUCGCUGAGAGAGAUAUCUAUCCUGGAGAAGAGAUUACAUAUGAUAACAAUUUUAACCAUGAAGAUGAAGGCGAAAAAAUUCCCUGCUACUGUAAUUCAAAGAAUUGCCGGCUGUAUCUGAACUGACAGAGCUUGAUACUUGUUCAUUCGUUCAUUUGUUCAUAAUCUGGGAGCCAUUUGAAGUAUAUGGAUGUAAUUGUUUGGCCUAAUAUUCUCGUGUAUAAUCUUGUACAUUCAUAUGUAUGUAAAUAAAUAAGUAUUUUAUAUUUUUACGUUAACAUCUACA